AAUAGUUCUACACUUCUACUGUUCUACAGUUGUGCUCUCUCCAAAUCAAAAUAAAAAAUAAAAAAUAAAAAAUAAAAAAGAAUGCAAUACAAGAGUAAAACAGAGAUGAUAUCCUUAUUUUUGGUGUUUGUUGUGGUGCAAUCAGUACUGCAGCUAAGUGUAUCGUCUUCCUCCUCACGUUCGCAGAUUGCAAAGCCUGGUUGCCUAGACCAGUGUGGUAAUGUCUCAAUUCCAUAUCCUUUUGGAAUUGGUCCCAGUUGUUCUCUUAACAAAUUCUUUGAGAUCAUCUGCAAUGCUUCUUUUCAUCCCCCAAAACCAUUCUUGCAUCAUUUACAUCUCGAGCUUCUGGACAUAGAUAUGGUGGCGGAUCCAGUAGUAUUAUCAGUGAGGACCCAAUUUCAGAAUAUCUGCAGAAGUGAUAGUACUGAUACUCCACUUGUCUCAAACAUUAACCUCCAAGGCAGUCCGUACCGCCUUUCAUAUUUGAAUGGUCUUGUGGUGCAGGGUUGUAAUGCUAACAUUGCAGUGAAGAGUAAAAGCGGCAAAAUCAUGGGUGGAUGUUCUUCAAUAUGUACCAAAUCCAAUCAUACUACUCCAAACAACAAUGAUAACUGCUACUAUGGGGCUGGAUGCUGCCAUGUUCCACUGUCCAUUGCCAUGUAUCCUGCAGAGAGUAUUCAUGGGUUGGUUUACACUGGCCCAGCGCACGUAUCAAAGUCUGAGAAUUGCAAUGUGGCUGUGGCUGUGACCUAUCUUUAUAAUGAUGGAACACAGUCACUUUCUACAAAACUUUCAUGGGGGGUUGGAGUUGCAGAUAAGGCUCUGCUUUCAGAAAAUUAUCAAUGUAUGGAACUAUAUGAAUCUGCAGGACUAUAUCAGUGUGAGUGCAACUACGACAAAGGUUAUGAAGGAAACGCAUAUCUACCUGGUGGAUGCCAAUUGGUCAGAGCAUGUCAGAAAUGCAAACAUGGCUGUUCUCUCAAUAGUACAACCCUUCAUCCAUUUUUUUAUUGUGAGAAACAUCACAGUCGUUUGUUUAACCGAGCUUCUAUUCUUGGAUUCAGCUUAAGCACAGGAUUGGUGAUAUUGCUCCUAGUUUGCUAUUGGGUUUAUAGAUUGGUAAAGAAGAUAAAACAGGUUAAGGAGAAAGCGAGAUGCUUUAAGAGAAAUGGUGGUUUACUAUUGCAGCAGCAAAUCUCUUCUAAAGAUGGCAUUGUUGAAAAAACAAGAAUUUUUGGUUUUUGUGAGCUAGAGAAAGCCACGAACAAUUUUAGUGAAGACAGAAUACUCGGGCAAGGAGGACAAGGUACAGUUUUUAAAGGAAUGCUUGUGGAUGGAAGAAUUGUGGCCAUCAAGAAAUCCAAAAAGAUUGACAAGAACCAGUUGGAACAAUUUAUUAAUGAAAUGGUUAUUCUUUCUCUAGUCAAUCACCGGAGUGUGGUCAAUUUACUGGGUUGUUGUUUAGAGACAGAAGUCCCGUUGCUUGUCUACGAGUUUAUCUCAAAUGGAACACUCCACGAGCAUAUUCAUAACCCAAGUGAAGAUUUCCAUCUUACUUGGCAAAUGCGGUUACAAAUUGCUGCGGAAUCAGCUAGUGCGCUGUCAUACCUGCAUUCAUCUUCAGGUGCUCCAAUAUAUCAUAGAGACAUUAAAUCCUCCAAUAUACUUUUGGAUGACAAAUACAGGGUAAAAGUUUCUGACUUUGGAACCUCAAGGGCCAUUACCAUUGAGCAAACUCAUGUGACUACUUGUGUCCAAGGCACAUAUGGCUAUUUGGAUCCGGAGUACUUCCAAACUAAUCAAUUCACCGAAAAAAGUGAUGUUUAUAGCUUUGGAGUAGUCCUUGUUGAGCUUAUCACAGGCAAAAAACCAGUUUUUCCCACCAAAUCUGGUGGGUGGAUUAGCCUGGCUACUGAUUUUCUCUUUCAAAUGGAACAUUGUUGUUUGUUCGAUAUUGUGGACAAUGCCAUUUCUGAAGAAGCCAAUGAAAAAGAUUUGAUCGUUGUUGCUGACCUAGCAAGGAAAUGUCUGAACAUGAGAGGUAAACAACGGCCUACAAUGAGAGAAAUUGUGGUGCUUCUUGAGGGAAUCAGGUCAUCCCAUGUGCCCAAGCGUAAAGAACCAGAAUGUUUGGAGAGUAUGGAGUGUGUGGUCAUGGAUUAUUUUAGUACAAACACAUCCUUUCAGGACAACAGCCCUCACACUUCCACCUCCAUGGAAGCCGUACCAUUUAUGGCUAGUAACUGACAGUUUAAACUUUAAGAUUGUAACUCAGGAGGUAUUAACCUCCUUAAUGAGCUGGCAUUUUCUGUUAAGAAGUUUGUUAGAGUUUGUUACAAUUCAAGUUUGUUAGAAGUUAGUUUGUAUUAGUUUUUAGCUGCUUAGAACUCUUUGUAUAAAUAAUCUUUAGGAUGUAAAUUUUCACUUUCAGAUUUGAAUGAAAUAAAGAUUAAGAGUUUCUCUCUCUAAUCUCAUUGAGAUAACUUC